AUGCAACUUCCACAUCAACAAGAAGUCCCAACCACCAGAAGCAACGCAGGAGAUAGCGUCGGACGACGGAUAAGAGGGGCAUUCGAAGCUGCCCAUGGCAUCGGUGAGAACAUUCGCGGAAACGCCAUGGAAGCCGUCGACGAAAUGACAGGGACAAGGCGUGGUCGCGUGGAGAACGAAGAAGUCAUCCGACGAGGCCAGGCAGAGACGAGACGGGGAUUAGAGAAUAUGGGGAGAGGAGGUCGGAUGAUGGCGCACCAGCGGCGUCCGGAGAUGGGGAACGUUGAGUCUUAUGAACGACGAUCGGCACUCACGCCAACAGCACCAGCUGCUCCCCACGUAAGGCAGAAUGGAGGAUCUCGCCUCAAUCCCAACUCGACCUCGACAUCGACCUAUCCCGGGCACCAUAGAGACGACGCCAUUUCAGGGAUACCCAGUCCCGAAGCGCGAGAACUGCGUCAAGAGGCGGAGUAUCAGCGGCAGGUCGACGCAAGGGAGGAUAUGCCGUUUGUUCGGAAUUCGUACAACUGA